AUUUUACUUACUUUCUCUUCUGUUACUAACCAAAAGGUUUUCAUCUUGAUUUCUGGUCGACGCCAUUUUCUUCUUGAUUGGACAUUACACUUUUCUUUUUCUUUUUAGAUUCUUCUUUCCAUUAUCAUCUUCAUCAUCUUCUUUAUCUUCAUUAUCAUAUUUACCUAAUCCAUCAUGUCCAGUUUUCGGUUGAAACAGGAGUAAUAAUGGUGAACCGUUAAUGUGACCAGUAACCUGACCUUCGAUGACUUUCAAAGGGUAACAUACAUUUUGUAUAUUUUGUGGUUAUGUUGAUGAUGAUGAUUAAUUUCAACUUUGAUUAUUGGAUUAUGAUGAUCAACAGUCACGAAUUUAUAAUCACAAGGUUAAAGGUGAAUCUUGAGGCAAUUGGAUAAUCUGAUUAAAGAUUAUUGAAUGAACCCAAAUCCAUUUGUAAUGUGUGUUUAUCAUAUGUUUUAAGAAACAUUUUAUUGCAUGGACGAUGGUGACGAUUGAUUGGUGGACAUUGGAGGUCGUUUUUUAAAUUGACUUUAUGAACUGAAUUUAGAAAAUCAUCUAAGAAAAUGAUUUUUUCUGGUCAACUCAUCGAUUCUUUGAUUUGAUUAACUAAAUUAAACAUAAUCCUUGUCCAAAUCGAACAGCUGAUCUUAAUCAAUUUCAUAUUGAUUAAGAGAUUGAUUCUAGACUCAAGGAUCUGUGGCCGUUACCCCGACCAAGUGACCUGUAAAAGAAAAGCAUUUCGAUUGGUUGACCUUUUCGUGGAUUACGAAAACUGACCAAGAGAUUUAAAGAAUGAGACAUUAAUCAACUUUCUUCAAUUAAUUGACUAUUUAUGUGAAUAAUAAUUAGCCAACAAUUAAGCUAAUGAUCAUUUAUAUUGUGAAUCAAUUUUUAAUUGAACAAUCACCUGAGAUGAACAGGUAACAAUUAACCUUUUAAACCACUUGGGGACACCUUGGAUUAAUACAUAACAUGCUUACUGGCCGUUAAUCAUCAUCUUAAUUUCAUCCGAUAGUUACUUGUGAUUAAUUGUUGAUAACUAGAAAGAUGUAAUAAUCAAGUCUCUCUCUCUUGUUUUAUUUUAGUUUUUAAUUGUAUCAAAUUUAACUAACCAUUAAGUGUCUAUUAAUCAAGAUGAAUCUCUUAUGGACUUUACAGAUUUUAAUUGUUACUUUCAUGCAGAUUAAUUGUGCCACUAACAUUUUAUCAGUUCCUAAUAUUGAUUCAAUAUUAAGGGAUAAAAGUUCAUCUUGUAUCAAUGCAUUAAAUCAGAUUGAUGAUUUAGCUAAAUCAGUGUUAUUAAUGGAUGGGAAAAGGAUUUUACCAAAAAAUGAUCAACUUCGAGAUCAAUUUUGUUCACCCUUGAAACAAUUAACUAAAUUAGGUGGUGUUUAUGUUAAAUGUGCUACUCCAUUUGUUGGUCAAACAGCGACAAUUUUAAUCAAUGGACUUAAAAAACCAGUUAAACAUAUUUGCAGAGGAUCAACUGAACGUUUCAGGAAACAUUAUAUUUGUAUGGACGAUGAUUAUAUUGAUAAAUUGUUGGAGAUUGAGGCUCGAUAUUUAGACUCAUUUGAUGCAAUGAAUUCGGCAAAUUUCUCGCGGGAAAUUGUACUUCCGGGUGUUUGCUGUUCAACUAAUCGACUAUUUGAAGCAAUUAAGACGAUUAAACAUAAUCCAUGUUCAGAUGAAACUGCGACUCCUAAUCAGUUCUUAUUCAGUCGAGUCGAGGAAGCGAUUAGAGACACUUUGGAUUUGGUCUGUGGCACUUAUCCGGACAUGGAAACUUGUAAUAAGAAAGCGCCACGAAUUUUUGAACAGUUCAAAAGCUAUGAAAAAGGACCAAGAGAUCUGAAGGACGAAGCCUUUGUAAUUAGAUUACUUCAACUUUUCUCCAGUUUAUCUGAAUAAUUAGCGAACAAUUAAAACCCGAUUUCCAAUUAGAACGUAAUUUUAUUCAUACUGAUGCUUAUCUAGUUAUGUAAAUAAUGAAUUGAAAUGCUGAUUUUCAAUGAUUACAUCGAGAAGUCAAUUAAGGAAUUGAUUGAUUAACAAUUAACUUAAUUUAGAAUCUACUAUUAAUGUGCCUUGAUUGUCAACCAAUUAAAUGUCAGAAUGUUAACAAUCUGUUAUUAAUCAUAAACAAUUUUUACGAUUCACAA